AUGUUAAGCAUCGGUGGACAACCGCCCCAACAACAAUAUACUGAGGAGCAAAAGCAACAAUGGUACCAAUACUAUCAGCAACAGCAGCAGCUACAACAUCAACAAUUGCAACAGCAACAACAACAGCAGCAGCAGCAGUACUACAACCAAAUGCAGAUGGGCUAUGUCCAACAACAACCCGUACAGGCACAGACCGGUUACUACCCCCAGGCGCAGUACGGCUACCAGCAAACCCCGGCUCAGAAUAUGAAUCACUACGGGCAGUAUAUUCAAUACCCGCAACAACCGUCAAACGCAGCCCCUUUGCAACCGGGUAUGCAAUGGGUGGUCGACAAGGUCACGAACCAAUGGGUACAGGCACCUUUGGAUAUAGCACAACCCUCGGCUAGAGAGAGUUUAGCGCCUCCAGGUGUGAUCCCGUCUCCGCCUGAAGAAGCACCUGCACCUCCACCCCCGCCGAGCGGACCGCCUCCCGGCAUAGCACCGGCAGGGCCACCCCCUGUAGGGCCACCGCCAAAAGAAUCUCCACUGGCUGGCCCAUCGCAAGAAUCACAGCAAGUCUUUACUGGGCCUCCUCCUCAGGCGCAACAACCAGCGGCACCUCCAGCACCGGAAGCGGCGCCAGCCUGGGCACCAACGUUAGAGCCAUUUGUAAACCGAUGCUUUAUGGGACUUUCGGAUGAGCAGGCAGGGCUGAUGGACAAGUAUCUUGCAAAGUUGCUCGAGAUACACAAAGACGAUGCAUCCUAUCAAUGGUCGAAUGAGAUUGUGCCGACCACCACAGACCUCGAGCGAAUGGAGCGCACUGGGGUGUGGCAGCUGCCUAAACAGGAAAAUGCCAAGACCUCUUUUACAAUUGCUGGUAACAGAGACAAACGGCGUAAGGUGAAUAUAUCUGCUGUAUCUGUUGCUCUAUCUGUUGCUCAUUUUAAAUAG